AAGGUUUGAAAACUGCAGUUGCUAACAGCUUUAUUUUUUAUUGUGUAUGCAUAAUAUGUUUGCUGCUGCUACCAAAAGUUUUGUUAAGCAGGUUGGUGAUGGAGGUCGAUUAGUUCCUGUUCGUAGCCUCAGUGAAGCUGAUAAAUAUCAACCCCUCAGUCUUGUAAUCAAGAAGAAAAGCUGUUUCCUUUGUAAAAGAUCCAAAUUUGUUUCAACACCAUUCAGCCUAAAAGACAUUCUUCAAGGAGAGAAAGAAAUAUCAGCUGGUAUUUCAUCUUACCAAUUACUGAAUUAUGAAGACAAAUCAGAUGUAGCACUCAAUGGUAGACGAGGAAAUCACAUCAUGAACUCUGCCGGGGUCAAUAUCGCUGGAUCAGAUUCCCUUGCAGUGAAGGCUUCAUUUGGUAUUGUAACUAAACAUGAAGUUGAGGUACCAACAUUACUCAGAGAACUAACUAGUAGAAAAAUGAAUUUUGAGCACUGCCUUGUUCGCCAGUCCCGGGAAAGUAAGAGGACAGUUCUCUGUGUGGUCAUGGAGAGUAUUCGAACAACACGGCAAUGUUCGCUGUCUGUUCAUGCUGGCAUGAGAGGUGACACAAUGAGAUUCCAUAUUAUUGAUGACCACAAUUACAAAGGACGUGACAGGGCUAUUGUGUUUCCUGCACAUACAACUAUUGCAUUUAGUGUAUUUGAACUUUAUAUUCGCUUGGAUGGUAAUUUUGAGCUCUGCGUCACUCCAGAAUCAAAAGGAGGAUUUGAAAAAGAGCCAUCAAGAUCAUUUUCACUAACCAGAUUAACGAAUCAUCUCUUUCAUAGAAACAAAAGGGUAAUGGAUAUCAUCGCUCACUCAGAUAAUUACUUAGAUGACCUUUUUGCAGACUACUAUGAAAAAGCUACAAGCAUGACUGACAUCUCCACAAGCUAUUUCCGAGAAGGGGCUCACGUACGAGUGAAUCUACUUAAUAACAAUAUCCCCAAAGGUCCUUGUUCCCUGUGCGGAAUGGGGAGUUCCAGAAGGGAAACAGUCUAUGGUUGUCUUGAGUGCUCUUUUAAUGGACAAACAUUUGUACGAUUACAUGCUGUGCCUUGUUUCGACCUAUGGCACAAGAGAGUGAAGUAAUUUU